AUGAGAAUAAAGAAAUCAUAUUUGAAGAUCUCCUUGUUGAUACUGGUAUUACUCUUCGCGAUAAUUAAUUACGUGUUUAUUAACCCGUACAGUCGAUCAAAUACACGCCGCAGAAAGAAAAUUGAUGUUUCGGACAAGUCAAAUUGGGCUGCCGAUUGGGACAAUUCUGGUCAAUUUUCACAACAUUUUCUAAAGGAUCCAGUUGUUAACCAGUACGAAUUCAAAUUUAUCCACGCCUCAGAGAAAGCAUGUCUAAACAAAUCCGUGGAUAUUUUAGUGGCCAUGCAAUCUUCUGUGAUCAGCUUCGAUAUUCGAAGAUUGGCUAGGCGAGCCUGGAGUACCCAACAGUCUUUUAGAAUAAUUUACGUAUUCUUCACGGGGAAAGCAGGAGAUCUGGACGGCCUUCAGAAUCGCAUCGACUAUGAAGCUAAGGGGUAUGGCGACUUGGUGCAAGCAGACAUCCACGACAGUGCACAAAACCUCAGUCUGAUCUCCAUGUCGAUGCUGAAAUGGGUGGCCAUCUAUUGCCCUAACGCAAGAUUUGUUGUCAAGAAGGUCGAGGACAACUGGGUUGAUUUCCCCUCGAUUUUCCAAGCACUUCGCCAGAAGGAAAUUGACUACAAACAUUUUAUUAUGGGUAACAGUGCACUCGUGGUACAGACACCUCUGCAACAUGCCAUACACUACCAUUAUAAGUCUAUUUUCGAAUACAACGAUUCGCCGUUCACCCUGUUUGCCAGAGAGCCGGUGUACGGGUUCACUGCCAGAACGGCCAUGGUGCUAUUCCACGCAACUUUGAGAACGAAGCUUUUCUGGAAAGAGGAUGUGUUCAUAACUGGCAUGGCAGCGCAUAGAGCUAGGGUAGCUGUUUUCUUCGACUAUAGCUUUGUUUAUAAAUAA